GAACGAAAUUUUAAAUUGGAUAAUCAAAUAUCCUCAGAAUCAUUUUCAUAUUUUCUUUCACUAUUACUGUUUGAUGAUUCCCAUAAAAAGAUAUUUGAAGAUCACAAUCGUAUUGUUAUUCAUUAUUAAUUGUUCAGAAACGAUUCAGGAUUCAGUUGCUUAACCCCUUAACGUUUGUGAUUCGAAGGAGUUAAAAAAAUUUCAGGGAAAUGUCUGAGGUUACUAGUAAAGAGUCUGGUGCAAACCCCUCUGGAUUAUAUGGGACGCAUACAUGGACAAUUGUGAAAUUUUCAAAAAUAAGUAAGCCAGAGAUCCGUAGCAAUGUUUUUGAAGUUGGUGGCCACCAAUGGUCUAUUUUAGUUUAUCCAAAAGGCUGUGACGUACCAACCCAUCUCUCUUUGUUUCUCUGUGUUGCAAACUGUGAUAAACUUCUUCCAGGUUGGAAUCAUUUUGCUCAGUUUACUAUUUCUAUGGUGAAUAAAGAUCCAAAGAAAUCAAAGCAUUCAGAUACAUUACACAAGUUUGGGAAGAAAGAGCAUGAUUGGGGAUGGAAAAAGUAUAUGGAGUUACCUAAGUUACAUGACGGUUUCAUUGAUGAGUACGGCUCUCUUACAAUAAUGGCUCAAGUCCAGGUCAUUAGAGACAGGGUGGACCGACCUUUUCCCUGCCUUGAUGUUCACUAUAGGAGAGAACUUGUUAGGGUUUAUUUAAAAGAAGUGGAGCCUAUUUUCUUGAGUUUUAUGAAAGAGAAAAGAAGCAAGUUGAUGGAGGACAAGACCAGAUGGGAAAGCUUAUGUACCUUUUGGUUAGGGAUGGAUCAAAAAUCAAGGCGAGAGAUGUCUCAAGAGAAAAUGGAAGUGAUUCUAAAACUAGUUGUGAAACAUUUCUACAUCAAGAAGGAAGUUACAUCCUCUUUGGUGAUGGAUUUCUUGUUUCAUGGGUUAAACUAUUUUGUAUGGAGUAGUACCACCCAGGAGAAAAUACUACAUACAAUUUCAAGACAAAUGGGGAAACUCCUUAAGGAUGAUUUGGAUUCUUCAAUAUUGAAUGCUCUUGAAGAAGAACCAAAGAAAGAGAGAGCAGCUGAUGUCAAAAACUUGCCAGCUCCAAUUGUUAGUGUAAACAAAGACAUGUUUGUGUUAGUUGAUGAUGCAAUGUUACUCAUGGAGAAAGCUGUUCUUGAACCAUUGCCUGAUGAGAGUGGUCCGCAAAACCGUAUGGAGGUUGGUAACGACGGAGGGCGUGAGGAUGAGAAGCGAUUAACUGAGUUUGCUAGACGCACGUUGGAGGUAUUUAUUCUUGAUCAUAUCUUAUGCAACAAAGUUGAAGGUGCAUAUAAAGAAGCUAUUGCAUUGAAAAUGCAAGAAGAGCUUAUUCGUGAAGAAGAAGAAAAUCUGAACGACGGCAUCGUCGUUUGUGGAUCCUUCUCGUGCUGCCGGUUAGGCAUUUGUAAAACGAUAUGGAUGGUCCGGGAAUGAUUCUUUGAGCAGGUUAGAGCGGUGGGGGUUCAAUGGAAGCUGUAGGCGCUGUGUGUUUCAAGGUCUGAGGGCGCCUUUCUCUCCAGUGGCUCGUGGCAACUAGUAGCUCUCUCUGUUCCGGUUCUUCCUCUGGUCAUUCGCCGCUACGCUCUUGGCUUUGCUUGUGUCGUGUCUCUUAUGUUUCAUUGUUGUUUUGGCUUUGGUUCUUAGGACCUUCUGGUAGUUUAAGUUCUGCAUCUUCUGCUACUAGUUCAUCCUAGUAAUUUUUGUAAAAAAUCUUAAAAGCUUGGUAUAAAGUUAACAUUUUACCAAAAAAAAAAGGAAAAAAAGAAGA